UGGCUUAGAUGCUUGUUUCCAUUUGUCAGUUACAAUUUUAAGAUAUUUUUUCCAGUCAAGAAAAUAUGUCGUCGCACACAGAGGAUCUGGGACGCCUUUUGGCCGUGAUUGGCGAUGAGGACACGUGUGUCGGCUUUCUGCUGGGUGGCAUUGGAGAGGUCGACGAGGAUCGAGAGACCAACUUCAUGGUCGUGGAAAGAGACACCACCCCUAAGCAGAUCGAAGAGUGUUUCAAAAAGUUCCUGAGGCGACCGGAUAUAGUCAUUAUUCUGAUCAACCAGGUUUACGCUGAUAUGAUUCGACCCACUGUCGAUGCUCACAAUCUGGCCGUUCCCACUGUGCUGGAGAUUCCCUCGAAACAGCAUCCCUACGAUUCCUCCAGGGACUCGAUUCUGAAGCGGGCUCAACGAGUCAUCACUCCGCCCGAGAGGCACUACUAGCGGCUCAGUUUUGGCAGUCACUUUUGGGGAGGUGGGGAAGUUUAAUGAAGGAUUUUGCAUAGUUUUCAAAUGCAUACCAAAUGCUGGUGAUACAAUGUCGUUGGAACAGUUAUCGAAAAUAUAUACGCACAAACAUAGAUAUAUUCACAAAGAAAUGAUGGGGGAAAAUAAAGCUUAUACAUACAUGGGGCAACUUUUCAGCUCAUGCGUUUUAAGGAAAUUGCCCAAAAAAAAAAAACUCCAGCAACAAUCUAAAAAGAGAAAAGCAACAAAAAUACCUUGCGCUUGCAACAAAAUUGAAAACAGCAACCGCACAAAAACAAAUCAAAAGAAAAAGAAAAGCCAUAGCAAAGUACCAACAAAGUGAACGAAAACGAUACAAAUAAGCGCUGAAAUGCCAAUACAUGGCAAAAAUGCCAGAAGAAAACCGAAUAAAACCAAGUAUAACAAAACGGCGAACCCAAAAAGGGACAACAAAAACCUGGCAAAAUAAAAACUCUUAAAAAGACAGCACAGUUUACGUUGUCUGGAUGGAUCUGGAUCUGGACCCAGUUGCAGCGAAUGUCGGGGAAAGCGGCUUCUUACGGGCUGCUUAGCGAAACAAAAGCAUGCGAAAACAAUAUUCGAGCAAAGUAUUUUGCGCCAACUUUUCGCACCAAGAAGUUGGCGCCGAGAAUGCAUUCAGAAACUUCUGCUCCAGUGACAAGUUUGCUAGAACCGAGCCCCCAGAAUCAAGAGAUAGAGCAGGACGUAAGCCUCCCUGUUGGCCCCAUAAAAGCGCAGCAAGCAGGCAAAACUCCGCACCUCCAACACACGAAUCCCGCCCGAAAUUUGGCUAUAUAAUGCUUUAAUAAUGGCUAAAAGACAUUCACAAGCAAUUGCUGCUAUGAAGUUUGGCCCAGCAUGACAUUACACAUUUAAUGCUUUUGUUGAUAAAGAAUAUGACUUAUUAAUGUUAAUACAACGCCACCACGUAUCAAUUUCAAUUGUGAACUUUAAAUAAGGAUAGGGACAUUGGUCAAUACUUCCAGCUAUGAAGGACAGAAUGAAUUUUUACAACCAGUCAAAUUUCUAUGAUCGACAGGCCUCGACGGAAAUGAAUCUCCUAUUCCAGAUAAUUACUUAAAGUAGCCAU